UUCUGGAAGAGUUGAGAGCCAAUCGUGUCAAUUUUGGUACGAUUGUGGGGUAUCAAAGCAUGCCGAAAUUGGUGAGGGCGAAUAUUGGCACUAAUUUUGGGGUUGAGUUUCCUCUCGAGGUGGUGUCUAAUGUGAAAUCUCUUCGAUUCUUCUUAGAGUUCAACCACCAACAUGGCUUUCCUUUGUUCCCAAAUUUAAUUCACCUUGAGCUUAACUUUGUGACCUUUAUUAAGUGGUAUGUGGUGUUUGAGUUACUUAUCCAUUGCCCCAACCUUCAAAGUUUUGAGCUUAAUAAGCCUAUGGCAAGGAUUCUCCCCCAAGAUUGGGCUUGCCCACGGUUUGUUCCCGAAUGCAUUUCUUCACAGCUUAGGAGGUGCACUGUUAUGAAUUAUAAAGGCACAGAGUGUGAGCUGCAAUUUGUGAAAUAUAUAUUGCAUCAUGCAAGAGCUUUGCAAACCAUGACAAUCCAACAUGGCUUAAAUAUGUGGGAAAAGUUUGGAAUGCUACAACAAUUGGCCAUGUGCCCAAGGGGCUCUGCAACUUGCAAACUUCUAUUUAAAUGAUACUUAAUAGGCCUAUAGGUUGGUUUAAAUUGUUCCUUAAUAAUUUUCAGUUGGCUUAAUUUUCAGUUGGAUUCUGCAUAUGAUGCAACUUAUAUAA